CGCGCGGGUAAGAUUCAAAACAAAAAUGGUGACAGAACGAGCAAUUGCGCUACUAGAACGAGCUGACUCUUUUCUUCUAAAGCCAUGCGACUCGACAGAGACUCAGGACGCUGGAGGGGCAAAAGUUAUGGCCUCUUAUUUAAUGGACUGCAGACGUAAACAGAAGAUCAUGUGCAAGCAGUAUGGUGCAGUGGAUGAGAUGAUUAGGUUUCUUGCAGGUCUGGAGUCGGCAGAACAGUUCCUGAAUGAACCUUGUCCGUCUGUACCAAACACUGAGGCGAACUGGAAGGCUUUAAAGGCAGAAUAUCUUGAGCAAGUCCAAGAAGUGAAUGGGCUGAUAGAAAAACUGGUGGAGCAGAUGGAGGAGCUGGUCAAAAAACAGCAAACACUGGAGGCCCUGCUAGUAGCGCUCGAAAAGAAAAAACAGGAGUUCGAAGAACAUGAGAAAGUGGCACUGAAGUCGAAGCAGAGAGUUAUGAAACAGAUGAAUCUGCAGAUAGACGAUUCCCUGCAGAGAACCCAGGAUGCCUUGCAUGCUUGUGACAGGCAGCUUUCUGAACUCAAAAGGAAAGCAGACGAACGCCUUGCCCAGGUAGCCAAUUGGACAGCUUUAAGAGACAGAUUGCAAUCCACAUUGGAAACCACUCAGGCUUAUAUGCAGUCCAGGUUGUUGUCCGUGAGCCUUUCUGAGCUGUGUCUAGAGCUUCUGCCUCGCUCCACCCAGGAGUCCCUGGAGCCUUUGCAUCUCUCUAUAACCAUGACCACAGACGACCACUUCCGUCUGCAGGUUUUUCAGGGCACUGCAGGUCUCUUAGAGCAGUCAGUUGAAGGCCAUGUAAAAGAGAUGAGUGCUGCAUUGGUGGAAGUGAUGAAGUGCUACAUUAGCCAAGGAAAGAUGCUUGCUGAAAUCCAGGCUCUGCAUUCAAGGUUUGCAAUUGACUGGUGUCCAGCAAAGCGCCUGCUGAUUUUCCUCAAGUCUGCCACCACAGUGUGCCACCUGGAACUGGAGGACGGCUACCCGUCAAAUGGCCGUGCCAAACUGCUUGCUGUGCGCAAAGAUGGCAACCUUCUCAAUCUCUCUGCCCUGCAGCCCCCUGUGAUGAAUCCUACUCUGACAGGUUGGCUGGAGUUUCUCUCCUCAUAUCCAGACUUCUGAUCACUGCUGGCAGCAUCACACGUGUCUGGUGCAAUAGGGUCCCAACAUGAAUCCAUACGUGGAAAAAACUGUUUGUGAAACUGAGCAAAUAAAUAGCCUGUUUUUAGUAUGUAUUUACAUAAAGCAAUACUGUACAUCAACCAGCACAGACUUGCAUUAUGUAAAAAUUGUUUGUCUUGUUCUGUGGAUCCUAUUUUAUGUUCUUUAUAUAUAAAUGUAUGCCUGUUCUGCUAAAUAUUUGUAAGUUUUUUUUUUUUCUGUAAUAAAUUACACUGUAAAAGACUGAUAGUAUUGAUAGUAAAUACAGAGAAUUUAUCCAGUGUAUCCAAUUAUCUGUCUACAUACACUCAUCAGCCACAUAAAUGAGAGCACCUGGACCGCUGCUUAUUUAUGUAAUUAUUCAGUCAACUAAUCAUGUGGCAGCAUAAAACUUGAUACUGAUGUCAGUCAACAGCAUUAAAUGAUGUCCAGAACAGGUAAAAAAAAAAAAAAAAAAUUGUUCCAUUAACUUUGACCAUGCCUUAGUUGUUGGUUGGCUGGUUUUAGCAUUUUAGAAACUGUUAAUGAGUUGAGAUUUUCACCCACUG